AUGAUGAGUCCGGGUGCGCGUGCGGUGACGCAUCUACACGAGGAUGGCGCUUUCGCGAGGAAGACAACGCGUGUCGCUUUCGCUGUCGCCCGUGCUCCCGACACUGUGGCUCAAUAUCCGAGACUGUCGUCUUCCAAGGACGUCAGCGAAGAUCCCUGUCUCGAAACCCGACCACAGGCGCACCACCAGGCAGCCGUCUCACGACGCAGGCCAUGGGUCCAAAUCUUUGAGUUCGUAUUUACGUUGGGUGACAUGGCGAUGAAUGCCGCCAUCUGCGUUGCGAUGCUACUCGCUGUCACGCUGCCUGACCACGUCAUCGGGCACGCACCAUGGUGGACGCCAACGAAUUUCGGUGUUGCAGCCUCUCAGAACGGCUACGCGAUCGCCGAGGACGCUGCCUACUACGUAGACUACAGCGCGACGCACGCAAGCGCGCCAGUCCACAGCAAGCUAAGGGGGACGACUUCAACAUCGCCGCAAGUUUCAGAGGCACAGUUGGACAGCCUCAGUGGCUUGCGAGGCCAACGGAUUCAGCAUCGUUUCCAGCAAACAAUCAUAGACUGGACUCUUGUUGAGCAACGAGAGCAGUGCAAGCGACACAUCGAUGCCUACGCGCACACGUUGAUGCAUUACAAGAGCACUUUGAGCCCGUAG